CAAGACUCAGGCAGUCAUGUGGCAGUAUUUACUCCUGCUCUUUUUGGUUCUUCUGAUCCCUGGGUUAAUUUUGUUCUAUCAUAUCCAUGGCAAGGGGCCGAACCCCUUCAGCCAGGAGUCUGUGCAGUCCCCAAAACCAGUAGUGACAGACCAGGAAGCUCGCAGAAAGGUCCUCAAGAAAGGUUUCUCCCCAGAUAAAGUGCCUCCCAACCUAGAUGCAAUUGUUAUUGGAAGUGGCAUUGGAGGUCUGUCUGUGGCAGCUGUCUUGGCCAAGGCAGGAAAACGGAUUUUGGUGCUGGAGCAGCACAGAAAGGCCGGAGGAUGUUGUCACACCUUUCAGGAGAAAGGCUUUGAAUUUGAUGUUGGCAUCCAUUAUGUAGGACAAAUGCACAAGAAUGGCAUGUUGCGGGUAAUCAUGGACCAGCUCACCAAUGGGCAUCUUGACUGGGUUCAGUUGGAGGAUCCCUAUGAUAUCAUAACCCUUGGGGACAAGGACUAUACACUUUACUGUGGCAAGAAGGCCUUUGGGGAGGAGUUGGAGAGGCAAUUCCCAGAAGAGAAAGAGGUCAUCAAAGAGUUUAUAAGACUAUCAAAGACAGUAUCGAAGCAUGUGGCUUUGCUGGCUGUUCUGAAGAUGAUUCCCUUGUGGCUGUCUAUGUUCCUGAUCCAAUGGGGCUUCAUUCACUGGAUUUCCCCUGUUUUCAGAUUGGCAUGUUCCAGCCACAGCAAAAUGGCAACCCAGCUGACUUCCAAUAAGGACCUGCAAGCUAUUUUCAGCUACUUCUUCUAUGGAGUUCCUCCCAAAGACUCAAGCUUCUUGAUUAAUCUUCUUAUGAUCCACCACUACAAGCGUGGUGCAUGGUACCCAAGAGGGGGCUCUAGCGAAAUUCCUUUUCACAUGAUCCCUGUCAUUGAGCAAUCUGGAGGUGCUGUUCUAACAAGGGCCCGUGUAAUUCAAAUCUUGCUCUCAGAAAGUGGCACAGCAAUAGGUGUGAGUGUUCAGAAAGGCCAAGGUGGUGAAGUAAACAUUUAUGCUCCUUUGGUGAUCUCAGAUGCUGGCACAUUCAAUACCUUGGGGAAAAUGUUGCCUCCUCAGAUCCGAAGUAAACCAGAGAUCCAAUCUCGGCUUAGCAUGGUCAAGCAUGGGAUGGGCUCCUUCCUAGUCUUUGUGGGUCUUCGAGGGACCAAAGAAGAGCUUGGUCUCAAGUCAACUAACUACUGGAUUUACCAACAUGGUGAUCUGGACAGUCUGAUGACAAAGUAUUUUUCCCUACCCAGAGAAGAGGUGAGCACCAACCUCCCUAUGAUGUUCGUCACCUUCCCAUCAGCCAAGGAUCCCACAUAUGAAGAAAGGCAUCCUGGGCACUCUUGCAUGACCAUUCUCACCAUGGCUCACUAUGAGUGGUUUCAGGAGUGGUCUGAAGGUUGUGUGAAGAACAGAGGGCCUGACUAUGAUGCCUUCAAGAUGGAGAUUGCCCAGAAUCUUCUAGACAUGGCUUUGGCAAAGUUUCCUCAGCUCAGAGACAAGGUAGAAUUUAUAGAAGCUGCUUCUCCUCUCAGCAACCAGUACUAUCUAGCUGCUCCUCUGGGUGAAAUGUAUGGUGCAGAGCACAAUGUAGACCGCUUCGUGCCACAGGUUGUGGCUGCCAUGAGAGCAAAGACUCCCAUUCCAAAUCUGUAUUUGACAGGUCAAGAUGUCUUCAGCUGUGGCCUCGCAGGAGCUCUACAUGGGGGCUUGAUUUGUGCCUCAGCUAUACUUGGACGCAUCCUUUACAUAGACUUGCUGCUACUGAAGAAGAAACUGAAGAGACAAGAUCGAAAGAAAGGAGACUAGUCCUGCCAGCCACGGUCACCCUUUCAGAUAAUAAUAAGCUGUGGUAGGCUGGAUUUAAGAAUAUAAAAAGAGCUUUGCUGGAUCAGGCCAAAGGUCCAACUAGUUCAGCACCCAAACCAACAGUAGGCGAGCUGAAGGCUGCUUGGGAUCAAGAGAAGAGCAACACCACCACCCCUUUUGUUGUUGUUAUUCAGUACCUAGCAUUCAGAAGAAGCAGGUUGCUUCUGUCUUGGUGAUAGCAUAUAGUAGGAAUAUAAAUCUUCAUAAAUGUUGUUCUCGCAGGCAAGAACACUUUUUUAAAAACCAUUUUCACCUGCCAGUGAGAACCUCAUCGAAAUCUGCAGUUUUCAAACACUACUUGCAGUUUAGGCCUUAUUCUGUGCAAACAACAAUAGCAACAAAAAAGGAUUUGGUUCAUUUGCACAGAAAAAAGCCUUUUCUGCACACACACAUUUAAUCACCCCUCUGCCAUUACUCUCUACCCUCCAGAAUGAGGUGAUUCAGAUCUGUCGUUCCCACUUGUUGAACACGCUUCAGAAGCGAUUCUUUUCAAAAGAACUGCUAGGAAAUUAGUGCCUGGAAAAACUGGAUUUUUUGCAUUUGCCUCACUUUAUCACAACAGAAAUUGAUCAAAAUAAGAUCGGAAACGGUUUCUAAUGGGAAUGACGGUCAUAUAAAUUGAUCAGCAAUUCGCUUUAAAUCAUAGUGGGAACAAGCCCUUGGCUGACUAGGAUUCUUCUUAUUAGGGUUUCCCAACACUCCAGGAAUAUCUUUUUGACUGUUUUCAAAUAUUUUUCAAAUAUUUUUUCUGUCCCUAGUAUAUAACCAUUAUAUGAGUGAGUCAGGACUGGUAGCUAUGAUAUAGAGAGACCUUCUAUGACUUUAUCUAGUGAUCUUUUAAAGAUAUCUAAGUUGGUGCCAUUAUCACAUUAUUGUGGUGCUGGUAAAUUCCAUAGUUUAACUAUGCAGCUGUGUCAAACCAUGGUGCUGGAGAUACCACUGCUGAAAAAUACAAUAAAAGGCAAAUAGAACCUUUCCUUUCCACAAGGGGAAGAGACCCCCUGCCUUCUACACUGUCAGGGCUCUAUGGUGCUGGGUGGGGGCUUUGUUUCUGCAACAUGGGGAAGCUACCAUUCCUGCUACAAAGUUUAUCUAGCAAUAUCUGGGGUUGCAAAACCAAGCAGCCUUCAGCAAAUACCAGCAGCAUUGGUACAACUCCAAGGGCAGUGGUACAGGCCCUGCUUCUGGGAUGAAGAGUCCAGUGCAGUCCCACUCCCUGUAAGUUAUACACAGACUACACACCCGAUAUAGACACUGUGUAGGACUGUUGCUCAAUACCCAUUCAUUUGGAUACUGACAGUGCCACUUCUAUCUGUUGUAGUUCUGCAUUGCAGAAUAACUGCUGGUAUCCUUUCUAGCAAACCUGGCAUCAGAAUUUGGCAAACCUGGCAAAGCUAUGAUUGGACUGGGCAUGGCUAUAUGCCAGGCUGCAAGUCAAUGGGAUCUGCCUGAAAGCUUCUGCCAGUAAGAGUUGACAAUACUAGCCAAGAUAGACCAAAGUGAGGCAGCUUCCUCUGUUCCUUCAUAACGUGUUAGUUGUAAGCUCUGGGAAAAUUGAAGUGGCAGCUCUCAGCCUACUACUGAGUGUGGCUGCCUGUUAAAUAAAUAGGGAAAAGGAGGCUCACAUAAGGUCUUCUUGCCAUGCAUCUCUUCAAACCUGGAACUGCCCCCUUUUCUGGGUUGCUUUCUCCAAUAAUUAUUGUGGGAGAAGAGGGCCAGGAGAUACUCUAUUCAUUUCCCAGGGCUUUUGGAUAGAGAGUUUUCACACACUGUUCGCAUCUGGCUGCUCUCUCUGUUUGUGUUCCCCAUCACUCUCCACUACUCUUUUUCCAUUAUAUUUUUAAUGCACCAAUAGACAGUGUUGACUAGUGGUUUCUAUGUCAGUGAGAUGGUGCAGUCUGAACUUUUAUCUGAAACUAUUCCUAAAACAGGUUCCGCAUCUUGAAUAGUUCUGUUGAAAUCCAGAGCAGAUUCAGCAGCCUCCACUGCUUGGGAAACUUCCAGCCCCGACUGCGUAUAACGUUUUCAGUGUUGUAGUUAUGCUAGUCACUCUGAACAGUCUAAAGAGUGAACUAUACAACUCUUAAAUAAUAAAUAAAUUUAUGUAUAUCUGUAA